AUGGAGCGGUGUAGCCAAUGCCAUCGUCUCCUCCUGCUGGUACCGCUGGUUCUGGGGCUGAGCACGGCCCCAGCCUGUGCAGGUACACCUCCUGUGGAUGUGCUCCGGGCCCUGAGGUUCCCCUCCCUUCCUGAUGGUGUCCGGAGGGCAAGAGGCAUCUGUCCAGCUGAUGUGGCCUACCGAGUUUCCCGACCUGCCCAGCUCAGUGCACCCACCCGCCAGCUCUUUCCAGGAGGUGUUCCCAAAGAUUUCUCUCUGAAGACUGUUGUCCGGACUCGGCCUGGCCUCCAGGCUCCCCUCCUGACACUCUACAGUGCCCAGGGCGUCCGGCAGCUGGGCCUGGAGCUCGGCCCACCUGUCCGCUUCCUCUAUGAGGACCAGACUGGGCGGCCUCAACCCCCAUCUCAGCCGGUCUUCCGAGGCAUCAGCCUAGCAGAUGGCAAGUGGCACCGUGUGGCUGUGGCUGUGAAGGGCCAGUCUGUCACCCUCAUUGUUGACUGCAAAAAGCGAGUCACCCGGCCCCUACCCCGAAGUGCUCGUCCUGUAUUGGACACUCAUGGAGUGAUAAUCUUUGGUGCCCGUAUCCUGGAUGAGGAAGUCUUUGAGGGUGAUGUCCAGGAACUUGUCAUUGUUCCGGGGGUCCAAGCUGCCUAUGAAUCCUGUGAACAGAAGGAACUGGAGUGUGAAGGGGGCCAGAGGGAGAGACCUCAGAACCAACAGCAUCACAGAACCCAGAGAUCUCCAAAGAAGCAACCAUCAAGACUUCAUAGGCCACAGAAUCAGGAACCCCAGCGACAGGUGAGGGAGAUGGGAGAACCCCCAACCACAGCACACCCCAGGAAAGGAAAGAUGUGCAGACAUCCUCCCCAGGGGAAUUUCCCCCACAGUUCCAGAGCUUCCCAUCCAUUUGGGGCUACCAUUCUCCUCUCCCUAAUUCUCCCUUCCCAACCAUAG